GUAUAUUUGAAGGCUUUCAGUAAAUAUUCCCCAAGGACCCUUCGCCAGCAGAGCAUGGGGGUCAAGUGUCUCCAUUCUAGAAUAUGGCAUCUCCCUCUCCAAUAUAGCGCCGCUCACCCCCAGGUGGUGGUUCAAGGCAGUGGGUCUCACCCUCAUGACGCCCUCUAUUGGUUUGCAGAUCCCCUGGAAACAUAGGCAUGGCCAUGUUUGAAAACGCCAACUGCCAGGCAGCGAGUUUCGCCCUUAACACUCUGGGAUGGAUGUUCUCCAUGACCUGCAUGGGCCUGGCUGAGUGGCGGGUGUGGUACAUGGAGAGCAGCUCCGCCCCAUCCCGGAGCCUGGCCUGCAUUGGGAUGUGGAGGGUCUGCACUUACCAGCCCGCCAACCUCCACAGCAGAAAAAAAGAGUGUCACCGCUACACCUACAGUGACACCUACCUGCCGCUCGAUAUCCGCAUCGCACAGAACCUGCUGCUGGCCGCCAGCCUCCUCGGGCUCUUGGGGAAAGUGCUCAUGGUCACAGGUCUGCAGAGAGUGUACGCGGGACAGCUUCAGAAGGACACCACCUGCAAUCUGUUCUUCGCUUCAGGAGUCGUGAGCAUCAUAGCGGGUGCAUUUAUCCUCAUUGCUGUGAUGUGGAACCACCAGUCCGUGGUGAAUGAAGAAGGCAUACGCUUCCCACCAUCCUUCCACAUCCCCUUCAGGCCGGACAGGCAGGAGACCGGCAGCACCGUGCCCGUGGCGGUUCUGGCUGCCUUCCUCAUGAUGUUGAGUGGGCUGUUGACCAUCUCUUUCCAGCUGCCCUCCGACAGCCAAGUGCACCCCGAAGUCUCAAAAGUGUGAAAUUCCCGGCUACAUAAGCUUUGCAAAUCCACGAGAGCAGUUUAUGGGGGUGAAGUAUUAUCAGGAUGCUUUAUGAAAUAGUUCCAAGGCAAAGUUCAUUUUGAGCAGAAAGUGGCCAUUGGCUUCUAUGUCCAAAUUGGGCUCAUUGAUUGGUUAAGGAACUUUCAUUAAAAAA